GUUUAGAACGCUACAACGCCUGCGUCACGUGGAGCAGGGACGUGAAGAGGUCUUUUUCUCUCAUAGAAAGUAAUCACCACCAUACCGAAUCUUCCCUGAUGAGGGGCUGUUCAGUUGUAUGGUGUUUCAAUACUGAUGUGCUUGGUUAGUCUACUUUUAUAAAGGAAUUGCAACUUAAUCUUAUUUCAGAUUGCUGUAUAUGUGUUGAAGUAGAAGGCAGUUUGUUCUGUAACUUCAGUCCUGAGGUAACAACUUGAGAAAGGAUCCAAUUCCGGAAGAUGACCGAGUACAAACUGGUGGUGGUUGGAGCAGGUGGUGUUGGCAAAAGCGCAUUGACUAUUCAGCUUAUUCAGAACCACUUUGUAGAUGAAUAUGAUCCCACAAUUGAGGACUCUUAUAGAAAGCAGGUAGUAAUUGAUGGAGAAACAUGUCUACUUGAUAUUCUGGACACGGCGGGUCAAGAGGAGUACAGUGCAAUGAGAGACCAGUACAUGAGAACAGGAGAGGGCUUCUUGUGCGUCUUUGCUAUUAAUAACACUAAAUCCUUUGAAGACAUUCAUCAGUACAGUUGGCACGCAUUCUUCAAGACAGCCAUUCUUCUUUACAUAGAUGCAUUGCUUUUUCUGCGUGUAACUGAUCUUCAUCUUCUCAUUUAUGUCUGGCUGUCUGCUAACUGGUCUUUUCAUUUUCCCUCUGUUUCACCUGUGUCCUGUGUUCUUUAA